ACGAGGAAUGGGUUGUGUCCUUUUCGUUAAGCUAGAGAAAAACAUCAUCAUCAUCACCAAAUAAACCAACGUGUUUUAAUUUAUCCUCAACAAAACAAAAAAGAUACAGACAUAGAGACACAGAUUGGAUAGAUAAAAAAGUGUGCAUGUGAAGAUACAACAAAGUGUUUCUUAAGCACACAGCAAAAAUCUAUGUCUCUGAUACCUGAAAACACACACUCUCUUCAAUCAUCAUUGCAAUUCCCAUUUGGUGGGGUUUCUGGGAUCUCAAUAAUCUCCAAUGUGGCUUCAAUUAGGUCUUGAGAUCUUCUAGACAAUGGCAUUGUUUCGUAAGUUCUUCUAUAAGAAGCCUCCUGAUGGCCUUCUUGAAAUUACUGAAAGGGUUUAUGUCUUUGAUUACUGCUUUACCACGGAUGUUAUGGACGAAGACGAAUAUAAAGUGUAUAUAGGAGGAAUAAUUAGGCAAAUUGGUGAGCACUUUCCCGAUGCUUCAUUUAUGGUGUUCAACAUGAGAGAAGGAGAAAACCAGAGCCAUAUAUCAAACAUUUUGUGCGACUAUGAUAUGACUGUGAUGGAUUAUCCUAGACAGUACGAAGGUUGUCCGUUACUUACCAUGGAGAUGAUCCAUCAUUUCUUGAGAUCAGGUGAAAAUUGGCUUCAACUUGGUCAUCAAAACAUCGUCUUGAUGCAUUGCGAACGAGGCGGGUGGCCAGUUUUAGCGUUUAUGCUGGCCUCACUCUUGAUUUAUAGAAAAAUGUAUACAGGGGAGCAAAAAACACUAGACAUGAUAUAUAAGCAAGCGCCUCGCGAACUUUUGCAGUUGAUGUCACCGUUGAAUCCAUUACCUUCACAAUUGAGGUAUCUUCAGUACAUUUCAAGGAGAAACGUCGGUUCGGAAUGGCCGCCUCUGGAUAGGGCGCUUACGUUGGACUGCGUGAUUAUAAGACAAAUUCCUAAUAUGGAUGGAGAGGGUGGCUGCCGUCCUAUAUUUAGGAUAUAUGGACAAGACCCUUUUAUUCCUGCAAAUCGGACUCCCAAAGUUCUCUUUUCCACUCCAAAAAGGAGCAAACUUGUUCGACACUACAAGCAGGAUGAUUGUGAACUUGUCAAGAUUGAUAUCCAUUGUCAUGUUCAAGGCGAUGUUGUACUUGAGUGUAUUAGUUUGGACAGUGAUUUGGAACGUGAACAAAUGAUGUUCCGAGUGAUGUUUAAUACAGCAUUCAUAAGGUCAAAUAUUUUGAUGCUUAACCGCGAUGAAAUUGACAUGUUAUGGAAUGCUAAAGAUCACUUCCCUAAAAAUUUUAGAGUAGAGGUUCUUUUCUCGGAUAUGGAUGCUUCGUCUUCUGUUAUUUCAAUCGAUAUGCCUAAUAUCGAGGAGAAAGAAGGCCUACCUGUUGAAGCAUUUGCUAAAGUUAAGGAAAUUUUCAGCCAUGUUGAGUGGCUAGAUUCGAAGACAGAUGUAGCGAGUAUGCUCCAACAGAUCACAGCAUCAAAUAUCCUUCUCGAAAGGUUGGACAGCGGGGCAUCUGCUUCACCAACCUGCUUGCUAAAUAAGUCAUUGUCUGGAAGAUUUAAAUUUGAUUCAAAGACACUAAAUGAAACAAGCAAUCUGAAAUAUUCCGUUCAUGAGGAACUUUCUGAGUCUCCAUUGAAAUCAUCUGAGGAUGCUCCCAUGGAUAAAAUGAUUGAACCAUUAAAGGCAUUGUCAGAGGAGAAAAUCAAUACUCCUGCAAGUUUAGGUCUAGCGAACCAACCGAGUCACUCAUUCGAUAUGUCAAAAGACUCAGAUUCUACUAAAAAGGAGACUGAAUCAUCAAAAUCCAAAGAGUCAUUGGAAAAUGGUCCUGAAUUUCCUACUUUUAUGGCUAAAGUGGAACAAUCUAUCCCCUUAAUUGAACCAUCAGUAGAUGAAAAUUCUAUGGAAAGGAAGACUGGAUCAUUGGAAUCUGAGGAAAAGAAUAUUGAAUCAUUAGAACCGAAGGCGGUAUUGGAAAACAACACAAUGUUUCCUGCAUCGGUAGUUCAGGAGAAACAAUCUAUUCUCUUCAAUGAAUCUUCUACUGGUGCAAAUUCUAUGAAAGAUAUUGGACUGUUAGGAUCAAAAGAAAAGGAGACUGAAUCAUUAGACUCAGAGACACUGUUGGAAAACGAUAUCGGAUUUAAAUCUGAAUCGAAGACUGUGCCAGAAGUUGAUAUAAGAAGUUCGACUUCGGCAUGUCAAGAGAAUUUUUCAGUGUCCUCAUUUGAGGAUGCUACUAUGGAAAAGAAGAAAGAGCCUUUAGAUUUAAUGGCAUCACCAGAAAAUAACAUCAAGACUCCUGAAAUGAAGAUUGAAUCAUUAGAAUCAAAGGCACCGGUGGAAAAUGAUGGUAAGUUUCCUAUUUCUACGGAUGAACCAUCCAUGCAUGAAAAUAUAAUGAAACAGACAAUGGAGCAAUUAGAGUCAAAGGAAAAGGAUAUCAAAUCAUUAGAAUCAAAGUCAGUGUUGGAAAAUGAUACCAAGUGUCCUCCAUCUAUGUCUCAGGAAGAACCAUCGAUUCCCUCAAUUCGAACAUCGACGGAUACAAGUUCAAAGAAAACAAUGAUCGGAAAAUCAGAAUCAACGGCGUUGUCAGAAAAUGAUAUCAAAAGUCCUACAUCCGAGGUUCAUAAGAAACAAAGUAGUCCCUUACUUGAACCUUCCAUUGAUGAAAAACCAAUUAAAAAGAAGAUUGACCCUCAAGAGUUGCAGGUUUCUCUUCAGCUGCCAACCCAAUCUAAAAUAAUUUCUCCCCGGAUGCAUCAAGCUAUUCGAUCUGCUUCGGUUUCUUAUUCCAACUCGUUACUAGGUUCACCUGUAGGUACCUCAAGAUAUCGAAGUGCACCAUCGGCUCUCGGAAUAACAUCCGUGUUGCAAGAUCAUACACCAAUGGAUAUCAAAGAAGUCGAUCAUGCAGAGUCGAUAUCUCCUGCUUCAGACUCAAAGGUGCCAAAGUCUGUAGAACCUAGUUCUACAAGUAUUCAUACAUCAUCAUCAUCAUCACUGGCAUUGCUUCCAUCUUCGCCUUCAAAGUCUUCAGUUGAUCCUCCUGCUGCUGUGGAAAAGACUUUCAAACCCCUUGUUCCUAUUCCUCCUCCACCUCCACCUUCACCUCCUCAACAAGAGUCUAAUUCAAUGCAUGAUAAAAAUCAGAUAUCAUUUGCUAUUCCUCCCCCUCCCCCUCCUCCACCACGCUCUUUCAUUCCUGAAACAUCCCUUUUCACUGUCAAAGAUUCAUUGAAAGGUCCUCCUCCUUCACCCCCACCCCCACCUCCACCACCACCUCAACAAACCUCAUCAUCUUCAAUACCUCCUCCUCCUCUUCCUCCUCCAAGAAGUGUGAACAACUCUGCUGCUAUCUCCGGUCCUCCUCCACCACCUCCACCACCACCUCAACAAACCUCAUCAUCUUCAAUACCUCCUCCUCCUCUUCCUCCUCCAAGAAGUGUGAACAACUCUGCUGCUAUGUCCGGCCCUCCUCCACCACCUCCACCACCACCUCAACAAACCUCAUCAUCUUCAAUACCUCCUCCUCCUCUUCCUCCUCCAAGAAGUGUGAACAACUCUGCUGCUAUGUCCGGCCCUCCUCCACCACCUCCACCACCACCUCAACAAACCUCAUCAUCUUCAAUACCUCCUCCUCCUCUUCCUCCUCCAAGAAGUGUGAACAACUCUGCUGCUAUGUCCGGCCCUCCUCCACCACCUCCACCACCACCUCAACAAACCUCAUCAUCUUCAAUACCUCCUCCUCCUCUUCCUCCUCCAAGAAGUGUGAACAACUCUGCUGCUAUGUCCGGCCCUCCUCCACCACCUCCACCACCACCUCAACAAACCUCAUCAUCUUCAAUACCUCCUCCUCCUCUUCCUCCUCCAAGAAGUGUGAACAACUCUGCUGCUAUGUCCGGCCCUCCUCCACCACCUCCACCACCACCUCAACAAACCUCAUCAUCUUCAAUACCUCCUCCUCCUCUUCCUCCUCCAAGAAGUGUGAACAACUCUGCUGCUAUGUCCGGCCCUCCUCCACCACCUCCACCACCACCUCAACAAACCUCAUCAUCUUCAAUACCUCCUCCUCCUCUUCCUCCUCCAAGAAGUGUGAACAACUCUGCUGCUAUGUCCGGUCCUCCUCCACCACCUCCACCACCACCUCAACAAACCUCAUCAUCUUCAAUACCUCCUCCUCCUCUUCCUCCUCCAAGAAAUGUGAACAACUCUGCUGCUAUGUCCGGCCCUCCUCCACCACCUCCACCACCAAGACACUUUGACACCACAUCUAGUGGUUCUACUCCUACACCAUUAGCCCCGCCACCACCACCUCCUCCUGCUUUUGCAAACCAAAAUUCUCUUUCUAAAAGCUCAGCAAAUGUUCCACCUGUACCUCCACCUCCUUCUCCUUCUGCCAAUGGAUUAUUAAACUCCGGCACUGCCGCACCACAGUCUCAUAAUGUACCUCCAAUUCCUGGACCACCCGGAACCGUGCCUCCUCCAAUUCCUGGACCACCUUCGGGUGCAUUCGGUGCAAAGGGACGUGGAAUGCUGCGAGCUAAUUCAAAAACUCAGACUAAAAGGAGCAACCUUAAACCUUACCAUUGGUUAAAGUUAACAAGGGCCAUGCAAGGUAGCUUGUGGGCUGAGACACAAAAACUUGAUGAAACUUGUAGGGCUCCAGAGUUUGACAUGUCAGAACUUGAGCGACUUUUCUCUGCAGCUACUCCAACUAGUCAUGAAAAAGGAGGAAAAUCAAAUCGCCGUUCGGGGCAAAAACCUGACAAAGUUCAACUAAUUGAACUCAGGCGGGCGUAUAACUGUGAAAUUAUGCUUACAAAAGUCAAAAUCCCAUUGCCUGAUUUAAUGGGUGCUGUUCUUGCAUUGGAUGAUUCUGUGUUAUACGUUGAUCAGGUUGAGAAUCUCAUAAAGUUCUGUCCGACUAAAGAAGAAACUGACCAACUCAAGGCCUAUACUGGAGACAAAGAAAACUUGGGGAAGUGUGAACAGUUUUUCUUAGAAUUAAUGAAAGUUCCGCGAGUGGAAAGCAAGCUAAGAGUUUUCUGUUUUAAGAUGCAAUUCAGUUCACAGGUUAUAGAGCUCAGAAGGGACUUGAAUAUUGUAAAUUCUGCAUCUGAAGAGAUAAGGAAUUCAGUCAAAUUGAAAAGAAUCAUGCAGACCAUUCUUUCUCUCGGUAAUGCUUUGAACCACGGAACUGCAAGAGGUUCUGCUGUCGGGUUCCGAUUGGAUAGUCUUCUUAAACUCACUGAUACACGAGCCCGAAACAACAAAAUGACCCUCAUGCAUUAUCUUUGUAAGGUUCUUGCUGAAAAGCUUCCGGAACUUUUAGAUUUCCCCAAAGACCUGGUCAAUUUAGAGGCUUCAACCAAGGUACAAUUAAAAUAUUUGGCAGAGGAAAUGCAAGCUAUUAGUAAAGGACUGGAGAAAGUAAUUCAAGAACUGUCUGCAUCGGAGAAUGAUGGACCUGUGUCAGAAACAUUCUGCCAGAUUCUGAAAGAAUUUCUUAGUGAUGCUGAAGCUGAAGUGAGGUCUUUAGCUCAGCUUUAUGCCAAUGUGGGUAGAAAUGCAGAUGCAUUGGCGCUAUACUUUGGAGAAGACCCCGCACGUUGCUCAUUUGAACAAGUUGUAUCUACUCUUCUCAAUUUUGUGAGGAUGUUCAUCCGAGCACACGAAGAAAACUACAAGCAGAUUGAAUAUGAAAAAAAGAAAGCAGUGAAGGAAGCAGCAGAAAAUGAAAAGUUGAAACUAACUGCUAGAAAUGAAUCUGAACACAUGAUGAGGACCAUCAAGAGUGGAGAUAUUCAAUAAUCAUAUUUUUUUUACAAAGAGCCUCAAGCUAAUGGAAAGAUGUUCAACAGUGAUAAACUUGCCAUCUGGUUGGAUGAAGAAAACAAACAAUUUUGUUGUUGGUAGCAUUGACAUUGAUGAUCACCACCAUAGGACUCAAGUUAUAUAUUACAAGAAAUGAAUGUUCGCGUCGCUGAGGAUUAUAUUCAUUUUUAAGCAGUAAGCAUUCUAAAACCUCAUUUUAUGACUUACACCCUUCGUAACAAAAUAUAUUAAAAAAAAGAAAACAUACCUGAUUCAGAUAGGUGUAUUUUUUAACUUAUACUGUAUUUUGUUACGGAGGGAGUAUUGUUGAGAUCUAUACAACCGCAUAGUCACAAUGGUGUUUUUUUACCCAUAAGGUAGAGUAGCAUUUAACUUUUAUUUUAACUGAGAGCACUUAGAGGCACCAAUGCUGAGAAUUUUCAGUUACUGCACUUAUGCUACAUGCAUUGAUUAAGACAAAUGCUUUGUAAAUAUCAAGGUAUUGGUUAGUAUACAAGUUAUACAUUUUACUUAGUCAUUUUUUUUUGUUA